AAUGUAAUAAAUAGAAGAGCUUAUAUGUCCAGAAUGUUAAAUGAUGUUUAAUGAGAAUGACAAUUUACCAUUGAUGCUUCCAGAUUGUGGACACACAAUAUGUUAAAAUUGCAUUUAAUAAAUGCUAAUCAAUAAAAAGUACAUUGUUUGUCCAGAAGAUGGGUAAAAUUAUUAUUUAUUAUAGUAUCAUGGCUAAAAAUAAAAAUGACAUCUCUUAAUUUCCAAAAAAUUGUCAAUUAUUAAAAAUGGUAAUCAAGCAUAAGGCUUAAUACUAAUAAAGUCGAUAAUCAUCAAGAAAUGAUGAUGGUGAUAUAGGUUAUCAACUCUAAUUGAAUAACUUAAUUUCUAAUGAUAUUCCUAAUGAUUUAUGUUAAGAACAUCUAGAAAAAUUGGAAAUAGUUUGUCUUACAGAUCAAGUAAGAAUUUGUACAAGAUGUGCACUAUUUGGAUAGCAUAGACAUCACGAAGUUAGGUCUGUUGAUGAUGUUGUCAAAGAAAUAACUUAAAAAGCUGAAAAUAUUAUGCAGAUAUAUUAAAAGAUACUCUAAAAAUAAAGUGAAUUAACAGAAUUAAAAUAUUUUGAACCAUUAUAAGAAAGAUUUUCAAGUGUUCUUACAGAAAGUCAUAAUACUGUCAAAGAGAAAUUUAAAGAAUUGCAUUAAUUAUUAGAUCUCAAAGAACAAAAGCUUAUAGAAUAAUUAACUACAUUAACAUAAUCACUAGAAUAAUAAACAAAAAAAUAAAUUAAAGAAUUGUUAUAAAGUUGUUUAUCUUAGGCUGAAUUAUGGAAGAUUACAGCUAAGGAUAGACUAGUUUAUUUCUCUACUAAAACAGAAAAUGGAGAAUUGCCUUUAGAUUUAUUAAAUAAUCAAGAUUAUGCUUGUGUAGAUAAGGGAAAAGGAAUUUAUGAUGAAUUGGAGAAAAUCUAAAAAUAAUUGGAUCUUAAAUUAUAAAAUAUAAAAAUAAAAAAAUUAAGAGUAGAUCUCAAAAAAGCAGAAAUAGAUAAGAGUUUUGAUAAUCUCUUUACUAUUACUUUAUAAUUAAGUAAUGUCAAUAAUACUAGCAAUAUGACAAAAAGUAGUUAAAUUUUAAAAACUAUCAAUACUUUAACAGAUUCAACAUUAUUAUAGGAUAUGAAAAGAAAUGAAAGUUUUAGCAAAUUAUGUGGUUAAGAUGUUUUCUCAAGUUUUUGUUAAGAUGAGCCAAUGUUACUUAAAGAUAUAUCUAUGGCAGAUUGGAGUGAGAGUCUUAUGGAAGAAACAACAAAUAUUACAUAAGUGAGAAGUCCAAAUAGAAGUAGUUUAGAUUAAGAAGAUUUUGUUAAAAAUAAAAUGGGAUCUGGAUUGAAAGAACUAAAAGACAUUUAACCUGUAUCUACAUCUUAAACUAUUCAAUCAACCACUCCUACAAAACCAGAAAGAAUAUAAAUAAGAGCUUUAGAGAAAUUGAAAGGAUCUUUUUAAUAACCAAGUCCAGGUAGAAGAGGAGAUAUUGAAUAAGUUAAUUCAAUUAGACAGGGAGUUAGUCCUAAUACUAAAAUCUAGGAUUGCAAAAAGAAAAAAAUGUUUAAGAUUAAUGAGAAAUUUGAAAAUGUUUGGUAAGCAUUUAAAAGUGAUAAUUUAGAAAUAGCAGAUUUUUCAAGUGCAGGUAUAUUUAUAAAUAUUUAAAUAAUAGAAUUGGGAGAUGAAGGAUUAUAAUUUAUAGGGGACAUUCUAAAAAUAUCAAAGAGAGUUAAAUAACUUAAAUUAGUGAGAAAUAAAAUAACUGAUGAGGGUGCCUGUAAAUUAUUAGAUUUUCUAGUAUAAAAUACAAAUUAAGUAUUUUAAAGUCUACAUUUAUCAUCAAAUAUGAUAACUGAAAGAACUCUAGAUUAUUUCAUAUCUUUAGUUAGAAAUUCCCCUUCAGGAAGUUCAUUGCCCAAAUCAUUAUACUUGAACCAAACUUUAAUAAAUGCAACAAAAGCAAAAAAGAAAAUUGAAGAUUUAAAGCGUGUAGGAUAUUUAGUGAAUAUUUGAU